CUAUUUUAUUUUAUCAAAUAUUUUAUAAAAAAAUUAUUUAAAAAAUACAGAGUAAUAUAAUUUGGAAGUGUGAAUAAAUUGAACAAAAAAGGAAGAAGAAAGAAAGUGGACACAAUGUGUUGGAUGUGGCUCCCAUUCUUCCACGAGGAGCUUCGCCCAUCGCCACCGACCUCUGCUUUGGCAACUAAACUGGACUGAAGAAGGAGCCAAAGGAUCAAAAUCAAUGGAGUUUUGCAGAGCAGCAGCAGCAGCUCCCAUGUCUUGGACAACCUCCAUUUCUCCUCCUCGCAUCUCCCAAUCCUUCCCUGAAAAUGGGUUCAAGAAAUUCAGAGUUUGGUGUCUGGGUUUUAAUGGCGAUACUGUUCCUUCUCAGAAGGCAAGCUGCAAGAUGAUUAUAUCAGUGACUGGGGCUACUGGGUUUAUUGGUAAAAGAUUGGUGCAAAGAUUGCAUGAGGAUAACCAUCAAAUCCGUGUGCUGACCAGGUCUAGAUCAAAAGCUCAAUCAAUUUUCCCUGAGAAGGACUUUCCAGGAAUUGUGAUUGCAGAAGAGCCGCGGUGGAAAACAUGCAUUAAGGGUUCUACUGCUGUUGUGAAUUUGGCUGGAAUGCCGAUAACUACAAGAUGGUCUCCAGAGAUCAAGAAAGAAAUUAAGGAUAGUAGGAUCAAGACUACAUCAAAGGUUGUAGAUCUGAUAAACAACUCACAAGGUGGAGACUGUCCUAAGGUUUUGGUUAGUGCAACAGCAGUUGGUUAUUAUGGUACCAGCGACACCCAAGCUUUUGAUGAGAAAAGUUCAUCAGGAAAUGAUUACUUGGCUGAGGUAUGUAGAGAAUGGGAAGCGAGUGCCCGUAAUGUCAAUAAGGAUGUAAGGUUAGUUCUCAUCCGGAUCGGUGUAGUCCUUGGAAAAGACGGCGGCGCUCUAGCUAAAAUGGUCCCGCUUUUCAUGAUGUUUGCUGGAGGACCCCUUGGUUCUGGAAACCAGUGGUUUUCAUGGAUUCAUAUUGAUGACCUGGUGAACCUCAUAUAUGAAGCUCUAACCAAUCAAUCAUACAAAGGAGUCAUUAACGGAACGGCACCAAAUCCAGUAAGGCUGGGAGAGAUGUGCAGCCAUUUGGGAUCUGUUUUAGGCCGGCCAUCAUGGCUUCCCGUGCCAGAUUUUGCUCUGAAAACCAUUCUCGGCGAAGGGGCCACCGUGGUUUUGGAUGGGCAAAAGGUGAUACCGGCGAGAGCCAAGGAGUUGGGCUUUGAGUUCAAGUACAAAUAUGUCAAGGAUGCUCUUGAAGCAAUCAUGUCAUGAAGGGCAAAAAUGGAUGCUAACUGCAACUAGCUGGUGCCUAUUCACAUAUCCAUCAUGCUUUUAUUAGUCUUCAAUCUUCAUAGUAAUGCUGUUUUGAACUUCAAUGGCCUUUUGAAAAGGUAAGCCUGAAAAUGUUAGUUUUAUGGGGAGUGCUUCUGUGUACAAUAUUUUUUGUGCUUAAUGCAUGUUUAUAAUAACUUCAAUGUUUGGUA